UAUACGAACAGAGAACAGUGUCCCGUGUCGGAAAGUCACCUUUAGAGCAAACUGUUAACGUUACAGUAGAUCUGAUUAUUUAUUUCUAUUAGAGGACAUGGGAGGCACAGAAAGUACUGGGAGGAAGGUAUCUUUUGGCCUGAACGAAGACGACAACGUUACUGUUUUGCAAGGAAUUAAGUUGUCUGAAGAUGUUCGUCAAAGGAUGCGGGAGGCGAGUGAAUCUUCAGGAAAAGCCCAGUCCACAAAAGCAGAGAGUCGGAAGCCUGACUCCGGGGGACAUUCUUCAGCUGGGAUGCCAGAGGAACUAAGAAAACGGUUCGAGCUGGAGCAGGCUCUGCUGAGGGAGGAGUUGGCACGUAUCACCCGCAGAGAGAAAGCAUCUGUGGGAGACGAUGUGAACCCUGCUGUUCUCCAAGAAAGAGUCAGAGCCGAAGAGGAGCAGAAGAAUGUGCAGAACUUGGCCAAACAGCUAGCCAGAAAAGAUGCUGAACUGAAGCAUCUGGCUGCAUUCUACAAAGAGCAACUGCAGCUCAUGGAGGAUAAGAAUAAAGAGUACUACCAGCAGGCAGCCCAGAUGUACAAUGAAGAAGCAACUAAAGCUAGUACCAACAUCAAGCCGAAGAACACAGUUCCCAUUUGUUCAGAGAUGCAAUCUAAGGUGCUGAGCUGUUUUCAAGAGAACAGACACCAGACUCUGCACUGCUCCAGCCUGGCAAAGGAAUAUAUGAACUGCAUUAAUACAGCCAAGAAGAACUUAAUGGUCAACCAUGGAUCGUGAAGACCAAGGUGCCGAAGAUGACUGUGAGCAUGAAGAAAAAGAAAAGAGUGACACUAUAAUUCACCAGUAAAAUCCAACAGUAUAGUUUUCAACAUGCACGUAUGAGAGCCACUAUGGAGGACCGCCAGCAUUCCUGCAAACUAUUUCUUUUGUUUAUGUAUAUAUAUUAAAAAAGUGUUCGUGUUUGACAGAACUCCCUCUUCGGCUGUGGAACGAGGAGGAUAUUAUCUUGGUGCACAUGCGCGCGCGUGUAUGUGUGUGUUUGUAUGUUUGCAGAGAUGUUGAUUUGCUGGGAUAUAGUUAUCUUGACGGUGGCACAUCUCACACAAUAAAACAUCUACAACACCAGUCA